AUGGCCUGUCUGAAAAAUGCCAUCUCUGAAAAGAAGGCAUUGAUGGGAGAUGAGACUGUGGUACUGACCAAGGAAUCUAGCGCCUUGGUCCAGAAGAAGCUACCUCCGAAGAUGCCAGAUUUCAAAAGCUUCCUCAUUCCCUGUACUAUAGGGACCAUCACCUUUGAGAAGGCAUUGUGCGACCUUAGCUCAAGCAUUAAUCUUAUGCCUCUCUCUAUGAUGAGGAAGCUGGGGAUCCAAGAGGUGCAGCCCACCAGGAUCUCACUUGAGAUGGUAGAUAAGUCCUUGAAACGAGCAUAUAGUAUGGUGGAAAUCGUCCUUGUAAAGGUUAAAAACCUUUACCUCCCGGCGAACUUCGUGAGACUUGACACUGGAGAGGACAAGGACAACUCCAUCAUCCUUGGAAGACCCUUCCUAGCUAUAUUGAAGGCCUUAAUAGAUGUGGAAAAAGGAGAGCUGAUUCUAAGGCUAUGGGAGGAUCAUAUCCUGUUUAAGAUCCCCAACCCUCAGUCUCUCUCUAACAAAGGAGGUACCACUGUACAACACUUAGUGUUUCAGCCAUCUCUCUAA